AUGGCUUAUUCCAUCGAAGGCAGGGUUUUUACCCUCGGCAGUCUCUUUUUGUUGGCAACAUUUUGCAUCACCUCGAGUUCCUUUGUUAUUUCCAUUGAUAGACUGAGAUCACUUGUAAAAUCAGACAUGCCUCAUCCUAUUAUUUUGAUUCCCGGCGAUGGCGGUUCUCAGGCUUACGCCCAGUUUAGAGACCACCAGUCGGACCCCUUUCCAAUUUGGGUCGAUUUACGAUAUCUCGUCUCUCCCCGGACUUUUAGUGAUUAUUUUAAACUUAUUUAUAAUAACAAAACAAGAAAGACUGAGGAUAACGAAAAAGCGAUUAUUACUUUUCCCGGUUGGGGUGAAACAUGGCCUGUUGAUAAUCUUGAUUCUCGUCCUCAUUCUGUCACCAAGUACUUCGAAGAUGUUACUGCAGAUUUCAUUCAAAAUCCUUACUAUGUAAAAAAUUUUACUAUCCGUGGUGCACCGUUUGACUUUCGCAAAGCUCCAAAUGAGAAUGUGGAUUUCGUGCCAAAAAUGAAGGCUCUUGUUGAGGAGACCUUUAUAAAUGGACAGAACCAAAAGGUCGUUUUACUUGCUCACAGUAUGGGAUCACUCUACUGUCUCCAUUUUCUAAAUCGACAAACCGACGCAUGGAAACGAAAGUACAUUAAAGCCUUCAUUAGUGCGAGUGCUCCUCUUGGAGGAUCUAUAAAGGCUCUUAAAAUUGAGGCAAGCGGUGACAACUUUGGGAUCUACCUUGACAGUCCAUUGUGGUAUCGUGAGGUGCAGCGAUCAAUGCCGUCUUUGGCCUUUCUGUUACCCAACCCACAGCUAUGGUCCCCUUCUGAGGUUGUCAUCUCCACGCCAACCAAAAAUUACACUGUCCACGACUACAAGGAGUUCUUCAGCGAUAUUGGCUUUCCUGAAGGUUAUCAAAUGUUCCAGGAUACUAAAGCCACCGUAAAUCCUUUUGUACCUCCUUCAGGCUUGGAUGAGAUCUACUGUAUCUAUAGUUCAGCAGUUCAAACUCCUGGAAGCAUGGUCUAUGACUCUACCUUUCCUGAUGCUCAACCUACCAUCAAUUAUGAACCGGAUGGAGAUGGAACUGUCAAUGCUCGAUCUCUGGCAGUCUGUCAGUCGUGGUCAGGCGGGGUAAAAGUCAAGACCUUAGUAAUUCCCGGUGUGAAUCAUCUCUCAAUCGUUCUCGAUCCCCGAUUCAUCAAAGCAGUGAAGGAGAUUGCUAAUGCUGAUAAAUUGCUUCCAAUGAAGGGCUCUCUCUGGAGAUCUCUGUUGCGUUCUGUUGGGUGGACGUUUUGGCCCUCUCUAUCACCUUCUAACACCUAA